CCAAGCCUAAGAGUUAGCUACACUGCCGACGUUUGACACUACAUUGUAACCAAAAAAAAAUGUAUAAUGUUUUGUUUAUUUUUUGGCCAUAAGGAGAUAUAAUUGUUUUGUGCUACAACGCCAAAUCUACAAUGGAUAUUGAAUUUAUGAAACCGGUUCAACCACAUGUAUUCAAGACUAUAAAAGAUGUGGAUAUUCCUGCACUUAUGAAAUGUACAGCUGAUGAAAUAAGACCUAUAAUACCAUGCCUUGUGCGCAUGGCACUCAUAUCUCCUCUAGACAUCACCAAAUAUUGCGCGGAAGCCAAGAAAGACAUAUUAACUUUGUUAUCAGGAAUAGAUUUAGUAAACUUUAUAGUAUCCCUUUUAUCUAUUGAAUUCCACACAUUGGAGGUUGAUCUCAAGAAAGAACUGCAAAUGAGACAAAAAAAUGGUUCUCAGUGCACUGAAUCAUAUUUAGUACCAAGUGUAGUGAAUGGAAUAGCAAGUGACUUUGAACAAUCUGACUCUGCCAGGAAAGUGCGUCUAGUUCUGUCAGAACUUCUGCAAAUGCAGGCACAACUUGCUGAAUAUAAUCAAAACAAAAUUUCUAAUGUGGAGUACAGCAUAAAACCCUCAGAGUUAUUUGACAAUGAUGUGUAUUUAGAAGAGAUAACCGAUGUUAUAUGCAUCAGUCUUGCUGAACUACCUAACCUGCUGAAUAUUUGUGACAUAGUAGAAGUGCUGCUUCAUGUUAAUAAGGGUCCUAUAAUUAUAUCAUGGGUGGUGGCCAACAUGCCUGAUACUUUGCAAGAAGUGGCUGAAUCCCUGGUUUUGAAUGCUGAAAGAAGUGAAGAAGGAGGAAUAAGAGCUAAAACUCUUGUAACCCUAUGUGACGCGUGCCCUCAUAUUGCUGCAUCUAUCAGGGCUAAGGCAGCUUCAGCCUCCCGCCUACCUUCCUUGGUUAUCAACUUAACUUUAAAACAUCAUCAAGAUGAUCUUAUUUCAUUUAUGUCAGGGCUUUUACUUGGCUCUGAUCAAACUACUAGAGGAUGGUUCGCCACAUUUCUGCGUAACUCACACAAGAGAGGGAAAGGAGAUGGUCAUGCAGCCUUGACAAAAUUACGACAGGAGCUAUUGAAUAGAUUGAAAGAUGCCACUGCUGGUGUCAACGCUUCUGCGUUACUGAGGCUAUAUUGUGCGCUUAGAGGAAUAGCAGGCAUAAAGUUCCAAGAUGAUGAAGUAGGUGGUCUACUGAGGUUGGUUACGCAGAAGCCGCCGCCAACACCGGCCGGAGUUAGAUUUGUUUCUUUGAGUCUCUGCAUGAUUCUUGCUUGUCCAUCUAUUAUGUCUGCUCCAGAACACGAAAAGAAGGCUAUAGAGUGGGUUCAGUGGUUAGUUAAGGAAGAGGCUUAUUUUGAAAGUAAUUCCGGUGUGACAGCAUCGUUUGGCGAAAUGUUGCUAUUAAUAGCUAUACAUUUCCACUCUGGUCAGUUGACCGCUGUGGGGGAACUUGUUUGCGCCACUCUCGGCAUGCGGGUACCGGUACGACCAAACGGCGUGGCACGAAUAAAGCAAGCUUUCACGCAAGAAAUAUUUACUGAACAGGUAGUGACAGCUCAUGCAGUUAAGGUGCCAGUGACUGCCAAUCUAAACAGCAACAUACCCGGUUACUUGCCUGUUCACUGCAUUCACCAACUGUUAAAAUCGAGAGCGUUUUCCAAACACAAGGUUCCUAUAAAAAACUGGAUAUAUCGUCAAAUUUGUAAUUGUACUGCGCCUUUGCAUCCUGUAAUGCCUGCUUUAGUGGAAGUAUAUGUGAAUUCAAUACUGGUUAUAAAUAACAAAGGCACAAAUGAAUAUGUUAACAAACCAAUAACAGAGGAAGAAAUAAGAAGAGUAUUCAGGAAUUCGAUUUUCGGUGCAAAUUUUGAUGUACAAAAUAAACCCUUCUCUCACAUGGAAAUUGAUAAUGGAGAGUCUACAGUAGAAAUCAAUUUGGAAAAGCCAACAUUAGCUUCUCAGUUAUUACUGAUAUACUAUCUUUUAUUAUAUGAGGAUAUUCGUUUAUCCAAUACCGCCACAUUGAUAGCUAAUGGACGGAAGGUUAAAAGCUACUCAUCCGCCUUUUUAUCCGAAUUACCAAUCAAGUAUUUGCUACACCAAGCACAAAAGGAUCAGAUGAGUUACGGCGGAUUAUUUAGUCCCUUGUUACGUUUAUUGGCAACACAUUUCCCACAAUUAUCUCUUGUUGACGAUUGGAUGGAUGACCAGAUAUUCGGUGAUACCAGUCGUCACUGCGUAGACAUAAAUCUUUCAGAUUCUUCAAUAAAUGAAGCUUUCCAAAGUAUAGAAGAGAAUCCUUACAAAACUGGUAAGAUACUGAAAGCUAUGCUGAACAAAAACCCAACGGACAUAUGGCCUUUUGCAGAAAUAUUUGUCAAGUAUAUUAAAAGCGUUCUUGGAGAUAAAGUACCACGUCAUAUUCAAGAACUAUACAGAGAGGUUUGGCUACGACUUAACACAGUGUUGCCUCGCUGUUUGUGGAUAAUGACUAUCAACGCUCUGCUGGACUUUAACGGAAGUAUUAAGAGUGUAACAAUCACACAGGAAAACGUUUUGGUAGAUCCUUUACAAGUAUUGCGAUGUGAUAUGCGGGUUUUUAGAUGUGGGCCAAUUUUAAAAAUUAUCUUAAGGAUUUUGGAAGCAAGUUUAGCUGCUUCCAGAAGUCAAUUAAGUCGACACUUGUUAGACAAGCCUUUACUAGAAAAAAGUGGUCAACUAACAUCAGACUCGGAAAGAGAAGAAUUAAAAAACGCUCUCAUAGCGGCACAAGAAAGUGCAGCGUUACAAAUUUUAUUGGAAGCUUGUCUGGAAACACCUGAUGACCAAAGCAAACCAGAAUUGAUGUGGUCAUUGCGGGAGAUCAGAAGUAUAAUAUGUUCUUUCCUACAUCAAGUGUUUAUUGCAGAGCCCUCAUUAGCUAAGCUCGUGCACUUUCAAGGGUAUCCGCGAGAAUUACUUCCAGUUACAGUACAAGGCAUUCCAUCUAUGCACAUUUGUUUGGAUUUUAUACCUGAACUUUUAAGUCAGGCAUCUCUGGAGAAACAAAUAUUUGCAGUCGAUCUUGUAUCACAUUUAUCGAUACAGUAUGCUCUGCCUAAGGCCAUGUCAAUUGCGCGACUGUGCGUAAAUACCCUAUCGACAUUAUUGUCUGUGUUACCAAGCGAUUUGCGCUUGGAACUAUUUCAGCCAGUUCUUAAAUCUCUUGUACGUAUAUGUACAGCAUUCCCGUCACUUCUGGAAGACAUCACAUCGCUGCUUCUACAGCUUGGAAGAAUAUGUGAAUCUCAAGCAUCACUGGGACAUUGUUGGAAUGAUGCACACAUACUUGGCGAGGGUGCUUACGUACAUUCUGAUGUGCAACCAGAGACAAAAGUUUUGGUAGCCGAAGUUCUUUCCAGAGAUAUUAAAGUAACCAUGGCCGAAAUUGUUGAAAAAGCUCUUUUGAAUGAUAAGUUGUAUUGAAUAGAGUUAAAAUAUAACAUAUCUAAUUGUAAACAAUUUUUGUUUAAUUUUGUUACUACUGUAUUUAGUUUAGGCAUUAUUGAAGUUAAUUGUUGACCAGAUUUGCUUUGUGUAAUAAUACUUUCAAUUUUGUGUGUCACUUUUUAUAAUACAGCAAAUUUACGAAAAAAAUACACUUCUGUAAAAAUUGCGUCAAAAUUGGUUGAAAAUCGAAGCAAAAUGUAGUCACUUUUUCUAAAGAGCUUCUAGAGUUUCCAAAAUUUAUAUCCAGGUAUAUUAAUAAGAUUGGCAUAGGACAGAAUAUAAUAAACAAAACGUUGCAUCA